CGAUCGUUUAUCUCACAAAUGUUUUUACCUGUUUCGAUCAUUUUUUCUGAUUUCAGAAAAGUAGUUCCGCCAAUAUAUCAAAGAUCAAAUUAUAUUAUAAACAUAAUAUAUUAUCAUUGAGUCGGGUGGAACGAUCUUCCCGUGUUGAUCAUCUCAAAAUAUUGUUCUGCUUUCGUUGCAUUUUUUUUAUCGUUUGUGCUGGUGUUUUUGUGUUUUUAUUUUUGUUGUUGCUUAAGCUGGGAGUUUCCCACACCCACAUACACGCAUACACGCAUACACGCAUACUUGCACACGCAACACUGUUGCGUGUCGUCACGCAGAAACAACAAGUUUUUGUGCAUGUUCCGGUUGCGCGCGUCGCUGCAAGCACUAGACUCUGCAGAGUUUUGUUUUUGUAUUGUUUAUUGUGAAAUUGUGCAGAUCGGGAAAAAGGAGCGGAGCAGAGUUGUCCGUGAAUGUUGUUACUAAGUUUUGGAUUGUCUGCAGCACUGCCUCGCCGCUCUUCCCCUAAGAAGCUCAACCAGCUUCCAGCUAACGGAUAUCGGACCCAAGACACGCCAGCUGUAUAGGUUCUGGAAAUUGCGGUGCAUAGACAACGGAAAUAAAUAACAUAACAUACAUAUAUGUAAAUGUGUGUGUGUAUAAACCUGCAGCAUACCUAAAUAGGUACACAGAGACACGCGAAUAUGACUGUCAAAUUAACGAAGCUAUUUGGAGGCGUGGGUCUAGUGGGAACUGGCUCCGAAAGCGUCAUGGAUGGCAGCCAUCAGCCCGUGACACACACGCAAGCUGCACCGCUGCAAGAGCUACAGCAGCAGCAGCAGCAGCAGAAGAUGGAUGCGGGGUCUAUGCCGAAAACGAAUGCAAAUAUGAAGAAUCUCAAGUACUACAAUCACCUGCAGGCCACUUAUGACUGCCACGAACUGAUGCUGAACGAGGAGGACGAUCGGGAUGACUACGAGGAUAGCAUGUCGCUGAGCUCCGGCUGCAUGCAGCGCCAUCAUCCGUGCAACAACUCGCAGCGGCCACUGCUGGGGGAGCGUCGUCCCCAGCUGACCCUCAUGCCUGUGGGUCAGAAGAAGGCGGUGGGCAAGCCUUUCCGGCAGCACGGCAGUCUUCCCCCACUGCCACCGCUGCCGCAGCAGAAAAACCACGCGACCGCCGCUUACAUCUCGCCCUAUGUGCAUCAGCAGAAGCGCGACAGCGCCAAGGGACUGCACGGCUUCAACGACUUCGACGCCCUGUCGCAGCAGUACAACCAGCAUCUGCAGAGCCCACACAUCGGCUAUCCCUAUGGAAGUCCGCCCUCGCCCACCGCCCACUCUCGGCUUUCGCGCGACUUUUGCAUCGACCGCCAGCCGGCACAGGCCGCGUCCAGCAACUCUUCCAACUGCAGCAGUUCGCUGACCACCUCCAGCUCGUUGCCGACCACAGUCCAUGCCUCCCGGUUCGAGGAUGACUUCUGCAUGCGUCGACCGGCUGAUAAGUCGCCCCCCACAGCAGCGACCAGCUGCGCCUCGGGUCCCUUCAUCUUCGGCAUCUCGCCCGAACAGCAGCUCACGGACUACGGUUGCACCUCAGCCACCCCGACAUCCUCGAGAAACGCCCUCCAGCCUGUGAUAGCUCCGUUCAGAAAGGAACACAAGCCUUUGAAACCAUCUGUGGGCGAUGCCUGCACUGACAGCAGUGGCAAAGGAUCCAAAUUCCUAUUACGGAAACGCAAAUCGAAGAAGACAGCCUCGAAAACGGCCUCAAACGGUGCCAACAAUGCUGGCACUGCAGCGCAGCAGCCGUCGAUUAAGUGCGUGCUCGUCGGAGACGGAGCUGUGGGCAAAACCAACUUGAUAUUAUCAUAUCUGGAGAACCGAUUUAAUCCGGAGCACAUACCGACAGCCUCUGAUAUUUAUAAUGCCGAUGUCAAUGUGAACGAGAGUCCGGUGCAUUUGACACUCUGUGAUACUGCCGGCCAGGACACAUUGGAUCCGUUGAGCGAGCUCUGCUACCCCGACAGCGAUGUCUUUCUGCUGUGCUUUUCGGUGGUCAAGCCGGAGACAUUUCGGGCCAUACGCUCGAAGUGGGCACCGAAGUUCGAGAGGGCCAAGGCCGCCUUGAUUCUUGUGGGAACCCAGGCCGAUUUACGCGGCAAUCUGAAUGUUCAGAAUAAGCUUCAGACAAACGGCGAGAUGGCAAUUUCAUAUGCAGACGCCUGGGAUUUGGCAACAGCAAUUGGCGCAAAAUACAUUGAGACUUCGUCAGUCACACAGGAAAAAGUCAAGGAUGUGUUCGAUGCGGCCAUUUGGGAGGGUCUUGUGCCCACAAAGCUGCCGCCCACUCCCUCCUUCUGGCGAAAAUUGUUCUGUUUGGCCUAGAAAUCUGGAAUUGCAUCAAUUAAUAAACAAUUGAUUUUCGUUUAGCAGUGCUCUCAAUAUUUUGCAUGCCGCACACAGACUGAUCUACAAAUAAAAUAAAUACAUAUCAAACAUAAUGGAAGAAGGAGUUCGGUCGCCGCAAACUCAUAGACUAAGGACGAGUAUUUUGAAAAGAGCCUUAACAGUGUACCAAUAACCAGGACACUCCUUUUUUUUCCUUAAUUUUAAUUGUAGUUGUUAGUCCAGAAAGUACUGCUUGUAUCAUCCACAUCCAUUCCAUCCACUUAAGCCUACGAAAUGUAAGAAUAAAACACAAUUGUCGCAUUAAACGUG